AUGCCUAUAGAUGUUACCGGCUGCGUUAGCCGCUCAGCUUCUCCUGAGGCAAGGGAUUCGUUCGUUGAUGGUGCAGCACAUCAUGCAGCUAAAGGAAAAUCACCAGAAUCACUCAAGUCUAGUGGCUGGAUGUUGAAAUCUUCUCUUCCGCCCUUCUUUGAGUUUCCGACCAUCAACGGUAAAAAGUUUGCGCAGUGUCUACUGUGGAAAACGGUAUCCUGAAGGUGAGUCGACGGGAAACUUGUCCAAACAUCUCCAGCAUGCGCAUCCGGCAGCUUUCAAAGACAAGAAUAAUGAUAAAGUUAAAAAAUCGAGAACUUUAGACGCUUUUACGCGGCGAUCAAACGCCUUGAGGGUGUCCAGUAUAGUGAGGGACGAAUACCAAAAAAGCCCUGAGAGUUUCCAGACGGUCUUGCUUGUCGUGGAGGGUUUCCUUCCAUUCCGCUAUGUGCAGUUGAAUUCUUGGAACAUCAUCAAUAACUCAAGACACUCGAAGUUUAUCCAAUCAAGAAGUACCCUCGUCAAGAAGCUUGAGUUAUUAUCGGGUUAUCUGGAUGAGUGCUUGACGCUUAAUCUCAAAGACACCCAUCUCGUGAACAUUUUGCUAGAUAUCUGGACCGCGCCCAAUGGCGAAUCAUUUUUGGGCGUUAUGGUGUCAUUUGUUCCGAACAUUUUCAAUGAAACUACGCUGAGGUUAGCCAAAGACCCCUCAAUUUUUUUCGACAGGAACGGCAAAGCUCAAAAUACGCACUUGCUUGACUUUGUGAGGCUUGGAACAAAGAGUUAUACUGGGUAAUACAUCUAUACUCUAGUAUCAUCCCUUCUAGAGAAGCAUAAAUUAUGGGACAAAGUCGCUACCAUAACAAUGGAUGAUGCCAAAAACAAUAGUGCUUUUUAUUCUUUAUUGGCACACGAUAAUCUGAACUUGUACAAACCAGUGGCUCACCGUCUGUUCAAGCGGGUGCGCUACAUUAGGUGCGCUAGCCAUGUUUUGAACCUGCAAGUUCAAAUGUUGUUUCAUCAUCUUUAUUCCGAAGCCAUAUUUGCAGAUGCCUGCACCAAUAUCGUGAAGCUGGCUAAAACUAUGAGAUACUCCACCCGCAUAGCAACUAGCCUGAAAAAUUCGAAAAUUCCUCUCAUUCCGCUUGAAUGUCCAACGAAAUGGAUACUAAAAUGGCGUCAAAUUGAGAGAUUUUUGGCGAACCGUAACCUAUAUGAGGCAUGGUGCCAGAAAAUGAAAGAGUUGGGUGAAGAGAAGCUCUCGUCUAAGCUAGAAAGAUACCUCACUUUUGAUGCAAGGACGGCCCAAUUAUUGAAGUAUUUUGUCGCGGCCUGCGAACAGUUCUACAAUCUAACUCUAAAAUUACAGGAAGAUGAUUAUAAUUGCCUGUCAAGUGCCGUUCCUUUCUAUUACUUUCUAGAUCAUUACUACACUGCCGCUUCACAAGCGGUGGAAGGUGUUACAUUUUCUGACUCAUCUUCAGCUAGUGAUUUCUCUCGCCUUAACGGCUCUUCACCGCUGCACCCUGAAGAUAGAGAACUUGUUCUACAGGCCAUGAUGGUUGCAUAAAAGUCACACUUGAACCACUUCGCCGAGGUCAAGAAAGACCCCAUUUACUAUCUGUCUGUCGUGCUCGAUCCCAGGCAUAAAACGGAGAAGCUUUAUCGUUUAAUGCCUACCCCAGAGGCUGAUGGACGCCUUCAAGUGUGUGAAGCUUUCAUCAGGAAUUAUUUCAAAGAAUAUGAAUCCGUCGGCCGUUCUAAAGAAAUUGACACGAGUAUCGAGCCCGCUUGUCACACGGUCCAGAACAUCUUUGAUUUUGACCGACACCAACUGGGAUCAGUUAACACGAACAUUGGAGACGAACAGGUGGUUGACGGUAACGCCGUAGACACAGCAGAAUGGAUGAAUUACUUGAAAGAGCCCAUUUCAGCUGUCAACUCGAGAGAAGCGGCCGUGUCCUGGUGGUUCGACAGACGUCGGAGAUUCCCGCGGCUUUUUAAGCUGGCAAUGUCUUGUUUUUUCACCAAAAUUUCCACUUGCGACGUCGAAAGGUGCUUUUCUUUGGCAGGAAGGGUUAUGCGCAAGGAUCGCACGCGGUUAACAGGGAAGAAUGUGAGAACCUCGAUGGUUUUAAGAGAUAGGUUCCUGAAGUUUAACUUCUACCAGUGCGAUCCAAGCUCAUCAACUCCCAAAGAAUUCGGAGAAGUGGAAAGCGAGUGCGAACUGUGUGAUUCAGACUUGGACGAAUCUGAUCGUCAUCUCGACAGCGAAGACAGCGAACCGCAUUUAGGCUCCACCAGUAAUGAGGUCACCUGCGUUUCGACAGCUUCAAAGGAAGACCUGAACAGUAACGCACCAAACAGAAGGACUUGGAGGAACUAA